CACUUUUCCUUUUUUUUUUUCUCUCUCUCUCUCUCCUCUUCUCUUUCCUACAUCCUCUUUUUUUUUUUUCUUUUGUGAUCUUCUAUUCAGUAGACCAUCAUAGAAGAGAUCCAUUCGCAAAAGAAAGAAUAAAAUAUAUAUACGACCGUUAUUGAUGAUGAUGAAUGAAUACAACAACGGUAUGACAGAGGAUAUCAAUUAUUAUUAUUCUUCUAUGGAUGAUACUAGUGAUGAAAUUCAUAUGAUGCAAGCUCAAGAAGCUAAUGAUUUUGCUCAAUAUGAUCAAAUGUAUCAAGCACUCUAUGAUGAUCCAUCCAUAGAACAAGAUAAUGAAAUGAUGUGGGAAGAAGAAGAAGAAGAAGAAUUAUACGACGUGGAUCAUGAAGUUGGUGAUGAUGAUAUGGAUGAAGAAGAAGAACAUGACGAUUCUGCAUUAUUGCGAUUGAUUGUAGGUGUUCAGAUGUAUCUUGGUGAAACAUCCUUCAUUCAUGAUAAAAAUGAUACUCCUCUGUUGGAUCUACAAUAUAAAAUGUAUACUUAUAUGAAACAACGGGCAUUUGAACUUGGUAUGGAUACUUCCAUGUUGCAAUAAUGAAAUUUUUUUUUUCUUAUUAGUCCCUAUCAUCCCUCUCUCCUUUUUUUUUUUUUUAUAUAUGUUCUUAUCCUCCCCCUUUAUACAUAUUAUAUACAUAUUAUUUACACACUUUAUCUCAUGUUUUUAUCCUCACUUUCGUUCUUAUAUACAUAUCCCCAUCCAGUAUAUUUUUACCCCCAGCCCAUUCACUUUAUAUAUGUGAUUAUCAAAUACGUUAAUCAAUAAUAAAUAAUAAAUAAUCAUGAUCAGUUUAUUUAUCUUGA